UAAUUCCGUGCUCUGUUUUCCUCUUCCCGCGAGCUGCCCCGGGACCAUCGCAGGAGCGGGAUCACAAUCUGUUGGAAAACGUCUCCGACUGUUGCCUCGCGUAGUCCGAUUCUACUCGCUUUUUCUCAACAUUAGUGUGUUUAUUUGUGGUACUUGGUCAUGUCCACUCUCGAAAUCGAAGCGCGUGAUGUCAUUAAGAUAGUGCUGCAGUUCUGUAAAGAGAACUCAUUGCAGCAGACUUUCCAGACACUACAAAAUGAGUGUCAGGUUUCUCUCAACACUGUGGACAGCCUUGAGACAUUCACGGCAGACAUAAAUAACGGCCGUUGGGAUGCCGUUUUGCCACAAGUGGCUCAGCUCAAACUUCCCCGCAAGAAAUUGGAGGACUUGUACGAGCAGAUUGUCCUGGAAAUGAUAGAGCUUCGUGAGUUGGAUACUGCCAGGGCCAUUUUGAGGCAAACGCAAGCUAUGGGAUUCAUGAAACAGGAACAGCCUGAGCGUUAUCUUAAGCUUGAGCACCUCCUUGUUCGAACCUACUUCGACCCCCGUGAGGCUUAUCAAGAAUCAUCCAAAGAGAAAAGACGUGCACAGAUUGCUCAAGCUCUAUCUGUCGAGGUCACUGUUGUACCUCCCUCUAGGCUGAUGGCUUUGAUUGGUCAGGCAUUAAAAUGGCAACAACAUCAAGGUCUACUGCCACCAGGUACACAAUUUGAUCUUUUCAAAGGUGCGGCAGCUGUGAAGGCUGACGAGGAAGAAAUUUACCCAACAGUCCUUGAUCACACAAUUAAGUUUGGAAAACAAAGUCAUCCAGAGUGUGCACGAUUCUCUCCCGAUGGGCAGUUUCUUGUUUCUUCCUCAGUGGAUGGCUUCAUCGAGGUUUGGGAUUAUUUGACUGGGAAGCUUAAGAAAGAUUUGCAGUACCAAGCAGCUGAUGCGUUUAUGAUGCACGACGAGGCAGUUUUAACUAUUGCCUUCAGCAAGGACUCUGAAAUGCUUGCUUCUGGAUCUCAGGACGGCAAAAUCAAGGUAUGGAGAAUACGCACUGGACAAUGUUUGCGGAGGUUUGAGCGAGCACAUGGUCAGGGCGUAACAAGUGUUUCAUUUUCAAGGGAUAGUACUCAAGUCCUGAGUUCAUCCUUCGAUGGCACGGCACGAUUACAUGGGUUGAAAUCUGGGAAGACCUUAAAAGAGUUUCGAGGCCAUACUUCAUAUGUUAAUGACUCUAUUUUUGCAAGUGAUGGUGCCCGAGUGAUUACAGCCUCGAGCGAUGGCUCUGUGAAAGUUUGGGACGUGAAAACCACAGAUUGUCUACACACUUUCAAACCACCGCCUCCAUUACGAGGUGGUGAUGCAACUGUCAAUUCCAUUCACAUUAUGCCUAAGAACCCGGAGCAUAUUGUCGUUUGCAAUAGAGCAUCUGCUGUCUAUGUCAUGACAUUACAGGGCCAGGUUGUGAAAAGUUUGUCUUCAGGAAAACGAGAAGGAGGUGACUUUGUAGGUGCUACUGUUUCACCCAAGGGGGAUUGGAUAUACUGUGUUGGUGAAGACCGAAAUAUCUACUGCUUUAGUCAUCAAUCAGGCAAGCUUGAACACUUGAUGACGGCUCACGACAAGGAUAUUAUUGGAGUGACGCACCAUCCUCAUCGUAAUUUGCUAGUGACAUUCAGUAACGAUAACACAAUGAAACUUUGGAAACCGUGAACUGAUUGGCUAUUUUUAUUCCAUACCAUCUGUCAAUCUCCUCCUGUCUUUUUAAUUUCUGUAUGGAUGAGCAGAUUAAUGGUGACCUCUGCUCACGAGCAUAUUCCUGCAAUACAAAGUGUACACCAUCUAGCCCAGUAGUAGUGAUGUCGAAAACUUACGCGCAAUAGAAAAUGCACUAACUCAAAGGAACUAAUCCCUCUUUUCAAAUAGUGGAAAUCUGGUUCCUCCAUUUCCCAGUGGUGUACACAGAAAGUGAUAAAUUUAUAAGCAGUGCUGGUAUUGUACACAGAA